UUGGUGGUGGUGGAUUUGGCGGAGGUGGAUUCAGCGGCGGCGGUGGUUAUGGUAAAGGAGGCGGAGUUUCAAUCGUGAAAGGUCAAGGCGUAUUCCUUGGGUCAUCAACUUCUCAUGGUGGAGGUGGUGGAUACGGUGGAGGUGGUGGUGGCUUUGGUGGUGGAGGAUUUGGAGGCAAGGGAGGUUUUGGUGGAGGUGGCUUCAGCCAUGGCGGCGGUGGCAUCAGCCAUGGAGGAGGUGGAUUCAGCAAGGGAGGAGGAGGCUUCGGUGGAGGACGCGGUGGUGGUGGAUACGGAAGCUACGGUGGCUCUGUUGGAUUCGCAUCAGGAGGAGGUGGCAAGGGCGGCGGUUUCCGCAGGAGCUACUGAACUGCGAUCUCCUAGACAAUCAUUCAACUCAAAAGCCACCGGUCUUGCUACAACUUCAAACGUUUUGAUAUCACAGUUUUGUAUGUUACAAAGAUCCGAAAGAUAAAGCUUAAGGUUUCUGAUAGGACAAGAAAAAUAAAACUUAAAUUCU